AUGCUCUCGGGGCACGGGAAGGCGGCAUUGAGACAGGCACCGCACACGCAUGCAUAUCUGUCUCUGCGCGUAUGUGACAGUAGAAAGGCAGAGAUAGAUAGAGAGGAGGGCGUGCACCUGCCUGAGUGCCUGCCACGCAGUGGAAGAGGCGUGAAGCCAAAACUUGAGGGCGCAGUAGUGUUUGACGAGGGAUGGAUAAUGCCGGGGCGUGAGUGUGACGAUGGUUGUUGGGUUUUCUCAGGGUCUUGUUUCUUUUUCUUUUCCGUGCCGUGCUGCCUCUGCGCGGCCGCCUAUUUGUGUCUUUUACUCUCUUGCCAAUUGCACAAAAUGCCUGUGCGUUGCUCCCUGACUUGCCACCGGAGCCGUGUUGGGGGUUUGCGCCCUUUCCUCGUGGCUGCCCCCAUCCUCACAGACUGUGCCUCCCGCAUGGGGACUUGCCUCCACUUCGCUUCUUUGUCUUUUACCCUGGGCUCUCCAUCCCCUGCGCAGUGCAAGCGAAUCAUCCAGGCCAAGCCCCCAAUAGAUCUCUUUAAGACACCGCAAGAUACUCCAAGCAAAUGA